AUGUCGAAUCAAAGACAACAACCACAACCACCACUUCCACAAUGGGAUAACUCGACGUCUGUCGCUGCUGCUAUUUCUUCACAGCCUCCGCCGCCAAUAUACGAAUAUAUGUAUCCUAGUGGUGCACGUUAUUUGUCGAGGCCAACGCCGCCACAACCGCCAGCUCCCCAUUCUUUAAACGGAAUGGGAUUCGAUGACUUGUCACCGUAUGAUUUUCCGUGUGCCAGUGGCAGUGUCUCCUUACUGGCGCCUCGACAAAUAAAAGAAGAAAAAUUAUCGAGAAGUCCGCUGAUGCCAUUACUUGGUCAGGAUACACCAAUGUCAUUAGAUGCACCACCAAAUUUACGCAUGUGUCCUCAACAAAUUCAUUAUCAAAAUCAACAUUCUCAACAACAAGAACAAUUACAUAAUGAACAACAACAUUAUCAAGAACAACAGCGAGCUCUGCAAGAACAACAGCAGCAACAGUUACAAGAGCAGCAACAGGAACAUCAAGAUGAGCAACAAAUGCAAGAUUCUGAACCACAACAACAAUUUCAGGAAGAACAAAACUCUUCGGAACAACAGCAAUUAUCGGAGCAAAAUAUACAAGAUGAUGAUCAUCAAUCACAUUCAAAAAUUCACAAUCAUCAUUUUCAACAACAAAAUAUUUCAAAUACUACAACAUCGACAACGACGACGAUAUCCUUACCAGGUUUAGUUAUUGAAUCGGAUGGAUUACCGAUGGAAACACCGAAAAAAUCUGCUGCUCGUCGAGUAUGGAGUCAUACAGAGACGAAAUAUUUUUUGAACACAAUGCACCGCUAUUAUCAUAACAUACAAUCUGCAUGUACGAACAAUCAAAAAGGCGAGCUAUGGGAUCGAGUUGUCGAAGAACAUAAUCGUCAUUAUCCAGAGAGAAGCAAACGAUCUUGUCAGCAACAAUGGGAACGAUUAUUUUGUCGAUAUAAGGCAACAAAACGACACAACAAUCAACCGGGAGUGACACCGGUGUUAUUUGAAUAUAAUGAAGAGAUAAAAGCUAUAGUAGGCGAGAUUAAUAGUUUCACAGAUACAUAUGAAGAGAAAGCAGGGAUUUACUUGGAUCGAUUCUCGCUAGAACGAUUUACAUUAAAUAGAACCUCAUCAUCGUCAUCUGCUGCUGCAAACAUUGUUUCUAUGCCACCAAUUGGAUUUGAAUCCUCAUUUUUGUCAUUCGAUUCGUCUACAUCACCUAUCAUUGAAUCUUCGUUACAUGGGAUAAACGGUAAUAAUCAUCACCAUAAUAGUCAUCACCCGCAAAAUAGUACCAGUAAUGGAAGUAUAACGUUGAAACGUGCAGCAGCAGAAGCUCUAAUGAUGAUAGAUGAGGGAACAUCAUCCACAUCCUCAAUAGGAAUCAAUAAUAGUAAUGGAACUGGUGGGAUAAUAAACCAACAACAACGUAAAAAUAAGAAAUCAAAAACUAAUAUAGAAAAAUUAUUCGAACUGCUCGAAAGACAACACCAAGAAGAUCAAGAACGAAAACGUGAAGAACGACAAAGAUGGGAAGAAUAUCAACGUAAGAAUGAAGAAUUUAAGCAACAACUUGUCGAUGCAUUUAACGGAUUAGUAGACGUAUUAAGGGAAAUUCAUACAGAUAUCAAAAAAGAAACAUCUUUAUCAUUAUCCGUUUCUUCCAAAAUGGUUGAUAAAGAUUCUAGUGAAUGGCUUAAAGCACAACGAGGUGCACGAACAACCCGCUGGGAUACUUCGGUAAAUGGUGGAUCGACACCAAACACAUCAAACACACCAACCACAACACAAACAUUCUAUACAUGGGACAAUAAAGUGGUUGAUCUCAAAAUCGUCCCGAAUCCCCAACUCAAAAAAUCUUUCUACGGUAUAAAUUAUGGACCCGUGAAUGCCACGUAUCCGUCGUGCGGGAAUACUUUGGGUGAUGUGAUUGAAGACGUGAAGCUGUUGUCGCAGUUGACUAAUCGAUUAAGACUUUAUGGGAUGGAUUGUAACGCGGCAAAUUAUACAAUUAUGGCGAUUAAGAUUUUGGGUUUAAAAAUGACUGUUGUUCCUACCAUUUGGGUUGAUAAUAAUAUGACCACUUAUCAACGACAAUACAAUGAUUUGUUUAAUAAUCUAAAACAACAUGGAUUUGAUUACAUCGAAGGUAUCUCGGUAGGAAAUGAAGUUAUAUUUCGUAAAGAGAUCCCAGUAUCAGAUUUUUACUCUCGCAUCGCCGACGUUCGUAAAAAAGUUCUCGCAAUGCCCGGCGCACCAAAAAACAUGCCAGUCUUCACCUCUGAUCUCGGUUCAAACGUCGACCAAGCAUUCGUAUCCGCAGUCGACAUAGCUUUUGCAAACGUUCACCCAUAUUUCGGUGGUGUAGCCGUCGCAAACGCUGCAACAUGGACAUUCCAGUUUUUCGAGGAGAAUGAUGUUGCCCCGGCAGCUAAACAAAACAAGACUGCGGUCAUAUCUGAAGUAGGUUGGCCUACCAACGGAGCUCCGGAUCAAGGUGCAAUCGCGACAGUUCCGAACUUGAAUACAUUUAUACAGAGUUUCUUGUGUCAAGCGAAUAGUAAAGGGUAUCGGUAUUAUUACUUCGAGUCGUUUGAUACACCGUGGAAGACACAAAUGUUCACUGUGUUGGAAGGCAGCUGGGGUUUGUUUUAUCCGGAUCGAAGUUUGAAACCAGGUGUUUCUAUUCCUAAUUGUCAACCCACUGCACCUAGUCUUAGAUAG